AUGUCUCGUUCAUCUGCUUUGGGUGGAUGCAUUAGCCGAGUCUGGCUUGUUAUCAUCAAUGUGCUUUUUCUUGGGCUGACUAUUUUGGCAGCGUAUACUGGCUACACCAUCUACGUAGCAAGCAAGACCUAUGUAGAUAGCAUCAUCCCAGCCAACUCCACGAUUUCUGAAACUGCUAUAUUUGCCAUUAAAAGUAUCUUUACUAUUGCGGGUCUCUAUGGUGUUGCAACUUUAUUCGGUCUAAUUGGCGGAUGUACUGGUGCAAUCUGGUUUCUCAGCAGCUACAUUGUUGUGAUUGGGUUUGCAUUGAUUGUCAGCGUAGGUCUUGGGAUCUUUUCUGUCAUCAAAAUGAACCGCAACAGGAACUUGUGGUCAUCUCUCAAGAGCAACGACUGGAAAGAGUUUGCACCCAUUACGCAAGACUUUGUUCAACAAACUUUUGUGUGCUGUGGAUGGAAUCGUGGUGACAAGCUUGCCUACACUGGUCCUUUGCAUCCCUUUUAUCUGUCCAACGUGACUAGAUCUGGAUCCAAUUCAUUUUCUAAUGAUAUUGGCGGUACUUCGUAUGCAGUUACUGUUCCUCGCUGUGCAGAUUCCAACAGUGCCUCGAUUGUUGGUUGCGGUGAUGCCACCGUCGAUGUGAAUACCGGAAUGGCCACACUGGUUACUACCGUGCUAAUUAUUGCCAUUAUCUUUGGCCUUGUCACUAUAGGCACUGCUAGCAUUGCAAGAAAGAGAGAACAAUACAAAAACACUUUAAACUGA